AGUACUGUACUCGCAUCUCCCACUUUCUCUCUCUCUCUCUCUGUCUUCCACACCCCCUCUCUCACACACGUCCUUACUUCCACUCACGCACCGGCAGUGAGCACAGAGCAGCACUCUGCGACCAGUGGUCCUCCUCCUCCUGCAAGAUGAGUUACUCCAGCGACAUGUACUCCGGCAGUUCGUAUCGGAAGAUUUUUGGGGACGCGCCUCGGGUCUCAGGUCGUGUAAGCAGUAGCCCAUCUCGUCUCUCGGCUGGGUACCGCUCACAGCAUCGCAGCUACGGCCAGUCGCCAAUGCUGUCCUCCAGCUACCGGAGCAAGGUGAGUGCCGGCCGCAGCUUCUCGUCCAUGACCGACACCAGCAUCGACCUGUCCCAGUCCACCGCCGUCACCAACGAGCUGAAAAUCAUCCGCACCAACGAGAAGGAGCAGCUCCAAGGCCUUAAUGACCGCUUCGUCACCUUCAUCGAGAAGGUGCACAAUCUGGAGCAGCAGAACAAGGUGCUGGAAGCCGAGGUUACCUUGCUGCGUCAGCGCAGCACCGAGCCCUCGCGUCUGCACGACCUGUACGAGCAGGAGAUCCGCGAACUCCGGGCGCGGGUGGAGGAACUGACCCACGAGAAGAGUCAGAUGCACCUGGACUGCGCCCAGAUGAACGACACGCUGGACCGCCUGAAGGAGAAGCUGGAAGAGGAGACUCGACUCCGGGAGGAGGCGGAGAACACCCUGAAGGCGUACCGCAAGGACGUGGACGACGCGACUCUGUCGCGACUGGAGCUGGAGAAGAAAGUUGAGUCGCUGCUGGAUGAGAUCGCUUUCCUCAGGAAGGUGCACGAGGAGGAGCUGCAGGAGUUGCAGGCAUCGUUGCAAGCCUCGCAGAUCCAGGUGGAGAUGGACAUGACGAAGCCGGACCUGUCUGUGGCGCUGAAGGACAUCCGGGUGCAGUACGAGGCUCUGUCCGCCAAGAACCAGCAGCAGGCGGAGGACUGGUACCGGUCCAAGUUCGCCAGCGUGACCGAGGCGGCUGCCCGGAACUCCGACGCCGUCAAGCAGACCAAGGAGGAGCUGACCGAGUACCGUCGCCAGGUGCAGGCUCGCACCCUGGAGAUCGAGUCCCUGCGGGGCCACAACGAGGCUCUGGAGCGCCAGCUCGCCGAGAUGGAGGACCGCCACGGUGCUGAGGUCACAGACCUGCAGGAAACCAUCCAGCAGCUGGAGACCGCCCUGCGCAGCACUAAGGGGGAGAUGUCUCGCCACCUGCGUGAGUACCAGGACCUGCUCAACGUCAAGAUGGCCCUGGACAUCGAGAUCGCCGCCUACAGGAAGUUGCUGGAGGGAGAGGAGUGUCGUUUGAGCACAGUGGGCGGGGCUAUGCUGCAGGCCGGUUACUCUAGUUUCUCCUACACUGCGGGGCGCUCAUACCAGCUGAGCGCCAGCGCCCCCUACAGGAGGGUGGGUGCAAAACCUGAGGAGCCUGAGGAGGAGGAGGAGGAAGAGAAGGAGGAAGAGGAGGAAGAGGAAGAAGCAGGAGAGGAGGGAGAAGAGGGAGAAGAGGGGGAUGAGGAGGAAGGAGAGGAGGAAGAAGAUGAAGAGGAGGGUGAGGAGGAGGAAGAGGAGGAGCAACCACAGAAGAAGAAGGAUGACGAGAAGGACAAGAAGAAGGAAGCUGCUCCCAGCAAGACCAGCAAGAGCUAAACUGCUCACACUAUCCUUUCUUUCAUCCCUUCCUACAAGCCCAGUCAUUCGCUCAUUCGCUCAUAUGGACUCCCUCGUUCCAUCUCUUUCUCUUUCUCUCUCUCACACACACAGACACGCAGAAACGCACACACGCACACACACACACACACAAGCACAGUCUUUCCUCCCUCUGUAUUCCUUCUGAGCAGUGUUGUUCUCAAACAGUCCAUAUUCUGAAACCCGGACGUACAAUGUAAAUCUCCCACGGGAAAGGAAGGAUCCAUCUUACAGCCCUGCAGAUAUCCGGCAGGUUUAGAACGAGGCACUUUAUCGUCGUAGCACAUUAACACAAAAUAUAACAGGUGAUUUUACCUGAACGCACAGCACACAGAGAGCUCAUCUCUAAUAGAAGGCCAGGAAUAGCAAAGGUGUUUGGAGAGGUAUAGGGAGGAAUGAAUGUACAUUCAGUAAGGUUAGCAGUCAGGUUAUAAGUCAGACUGGGAUGCAUGGGUGGUCAAGCAAAACAUCCCUUAUUUUUGUACUGUUUCGUCUGUGUGUGUUUGAAACCCCAGCAAUGUGAAGUAGAUUUCUGAUAGCUUCUUUAGUGGCAAUGAGAUGACGGAAUGCAUGCAGAUUACUACACACGCGACCAACCAGACCAGGUCAAUUUUAAGGUGCUAUUUGAUAGAAAAUAAAUAAUAAUAAAAAAAACUGGUUUGGAAAGUAUUGGAAAUAAUACUCACGCAAAUCAAUGUCAAAGCGUAUCCUUAUGGUAAUAAACAUCAGCUGUGAAUAGUCUGUGCUUUAUUCUGGCUUUAGAUACAUGCCAGGGAUGAAGCAAAUGAAACUUAAGUCCUUGAGAAACAGGCACUUAUACAGCAAACGCUAGCAAAAGCUCUUUCUGUCAGUUACUUUAGGUUACAUUACCGUGGAUUACACUCAACACAAACUAAAUGUGAAAUUCUCUGCACACACUGAAAAUGUGUGUUCUUUCUCUGUAUUUCUCUCUCAGUACCAUUCACCCGGAGAAACUAGAAGUUCUCCAUCUUUCUCUCUCUUUCUCUCCAUCUCUCUUCAUGUCUGUCAAAAGCACGCUGACCAUGGCUCAGUUGAGAUGUAACAGACGCAGAAUGUUCCAUCUCUGUUUUAGUGUGGGUCCCAGCAUGGUGAACGAGGUCAAGCCCUCGCAGAACUAAAGCAGAUUUCAGUGUUAUGUGGAGAGCUUCAUAGGUAGCAGAGGCAAAGGCAUCUGUUUUUGCCCAGAAAAGGAACUCUUCCAGGAAUGAAUAUAUAGAAAUUAAUUGAAGUCUGCUGCUAUUUAAUGUACUCUUCUUUUUUGUUUGUUUGUUUGUUUGUGUUUGUUUGAGAACAAGACCGCCUCUUGAUUGAUUCGCCCAUGUUUGGCUCACGCUUCUGUUGACUUGACUCUCUCAGUUGGAAAGAAGUAGGGAAGCAUUGAUAUCGCUGACAUGGAGUUCUCAUAGGUCAGUCUUGUAACCAUGGUAGCAGAGGGUGUGGCCAAAGAGCAACCAUGAUGGGAGAGUGAGGCUUCCCAAAGCAAAAAUGGGUGGAGCUUCAUGGAGCGAAAUGUUUCGAUUGGUUCAGACAAUGACUGACAGGUCAUUGUAGUCCCGUCCAUUAUCAAGGUGAAAGGAACCUCAUUCUCCCAUCACUACCCGCAGCUGACCCCAGAUCAGUCCAAUGGAAGCAGAGGAUGAGGAUCCAGAGUUAGGCCUUGGCUAAAGUGAGGGAGCAGGUGAUAGGUGGAGGAUUGUUGGAGGAUUGUUGUUGUUGGAGUCAUCUUGGGGCAGAGUAAAGGUCACCUGGGCUCACCCAGCUGAGACUGACACUAAGAUCUCUCCAGGAGAGCUGCAGGUGACAAAUGCUGUGAUAUAAUGAUGUUAUGGACAAGUGGUCCAGUACUGCAGAAAAGGGCUCACUCUCACUGAACCCCCCUUCCCCCCUGACCCCGACCCCCACCAAGUCUGUCCUGUGUAAAAUGACUGCUUCAAUAUUGUGAUACUGUGAUUUAGCGCUGAGAACCAGAAAUGUGAUUUUAUACUUUGAUUUAAGGAAGGAAAGCAAUAGCUAACACAUGGCCUGUGUGGAAACUGGCUCAAGGGAAUGGCCAGGGAGAAUGACUGCACUGGAGCCAGAAUGGAGGGCUCAGGACAGAUCAAGUGAUGAUAGGAUUUGGCCAAAAAACUAUAGAAUCCUAUCGUCAGUUGUUCUAUUGGCCGUUUAUUUUGGCUUUGAUCAUUUGUGAGCUUGAAUGGACAGGAAGGGGUUCAUCUGUGGAAUGCUCUGGGGAAAAGCUUUAGCUUUGGGCCGACUCUGCUGCUCUUCCUCAGACCUUCAUCUUCAUUAUUCGGCAUGCAAAUCAAUCGAUAGGCGGCCAUUUUGCAUGGCCUGAUUCUUGGAGCUUGAAAAAAAAAAAAAAAACACAGGAAGGGUUAGGAUGGAAAGUGCUUGUUGGGUGUUGUAAAAUGUUAUUGCCUUAACCAUGAACAGAACAAAUAAAGGAAGAAGCAAGCUUCACUCACAUCCUCACAUGUCCAGGGGUGUCGCAGGAAUGAUGUCACUUCCUGUUCAACUACUGUGACUGUUUGUGCUGCAAAACUCACACAGUGAUAUUCCCCAAAAGCCAAAUAAAGCCAUUUAUUAACCAAACACUCA